AUGGUACAAGGAAAAAAGGGCUCGCCCCUCGUGUAUAUUCUGUUGGUGGUUCUAAGCGUAGUGGCCUUUGGGUUCGCCUUUGCUGCUAAGGGUCGAACAUGUACAGGCCGUUUAGUCGAAGAUCCUCAGACAGAUGCAACUUACUGUCUUUACGACCCAGAUGUUGCUACUUUUUAUGGAGCCACUGCUUUCUUGUUCCUUCUUUGUAGUCAAUUUUUACUAAUGAGCGUGACAAAGUGUAUGUGUAUUGGGAGACCUUUACCCAGUACUGGUUGCAAACGAGCAUGGCCUUGUAUUUAUUUAGUGUCAUCAUGGGUGACUUUUCUGGUUGCAGAAGCAUGUCUAAUUGCAGGUGCUAUGAGAAAUGCCUACCACACAAAGUAUUGGUCAAUGAUUUCUGUUCAAGAUCUCUCAUGUCUAACAUUAAGGCAAGGUGCUUUCUUCGCCGGAGCAGUGUUUGUGGUUGCAACAUUGAUUAACAAUGUGUAUUACUACUUGUAUUUCACCAAGGCAGCUACUGCUCAGGUGGCUAACAAAAACAAUGGUGCUUACCCAACAGUUGAGGUGACUGUGGAUGCAUAG